AUGGACGAGUCGUCGCUGCUGGACCUGCUGGAGUGCUCCGUGUGCCUGGAGCGGCUGGACACCACGGCCAAGGUGCUGCCGUGCCAGCACACCUUCUGCCGCCGCUGCCUGGAGAGCAUCGUCAGCUCCCGCCACGAGCUGCGCUGCCCCGAGUGCCGCAUCCUGGUGGGCUGCGGCGUGGACGAGCUGCCCGCCAACAUCCUCCUCGUCCGCCUCCUGGACGGCAUCCGACAGCGGCCCCGCGCCGCCGGGGGCGCCAGCGGCAGCCCCAGCGCCGCGGCCCCCGCGUACCCCCAGCCCGCCGCCGCCCCCAGCGCCGUCGCCGCCGCCGCCGCCUCGGCCGCCGCCAGCCUGCGGGAGCUGGCGGCCGCCAGCCGCAGCGCCCUGCUGGGAAAGAGUGUUUCUCAGCUUCCCUAUGGCAAAGCCCUCUACACGUAUGAGGGAAAAGAGCCCGGUGACCUCAAGUUUAACAAGGGGGACAUCAUCAUACUGCGGCGGAAGGUGGACGAGAACUGGUACCACGGGGAGCUCAAUGGGAACCACGGCUUCUUCCCCGCCAGCUACAUCCAGUGUAUCAAGCCCCUCCCGCAAGCUCCACCUCAGGGCAAAGCACUUUACGACUUUGAAAUAAAGGAUAAAGAUCAAGACAAGGAUUGCCUGACCUUCACCAAGGAUGAAAUUUUGACAGUCAUCAGGAGGGUAGAUGACAACUGGGCAGAAGGAAUGCUAGGUGACAAGAUUGGCAUUUUCCCUAUCCUCUAUGUUGAGCUGAAUGAAUCUGCCAAGCAGCUCAUCGAGAUGGACAAGACGUGCUCGGCUGCUGCCUCCGGCUGCGAUGUGCCGCUGCCGACAGAGACGGCGGCAGUGGCGGCGGCAGCGGCAGCAGGUCUGGCACCAUGCUCCACGCUGGCCGGUGCUGGGGCAGCCGGGGCGGCCCAGAGGCAGGCGGAGGGCAAGAAGAACGCCAAGAAGCGCCACUCCUUCACUGCCCUCAGCAUGACGCACAAGUCCUCCCAGGCUGCCAGCAACCGGCACUCCAUGGAGAUCAGCGCCCCCGUCCUCAUCAGCUCCAGCGACCCGCGGGCGGCCGCCAGGAUCGGUGACCUGACCCACCUCUCCUCCAGCGCCCCAGCCCAGGAUUCCUCUUCGAUUGGAACAGCCACAGUGGCUGGUCCCAGGACAAGUGCAAUAAUUGGAGAUCAGGGAACACCACCGAAGGUCCAGCUCCCCCUCAAUAUCUACCUAGCCCUGUACGCCUACAAGCCUCAGAAGAACGAUGAGCUGGAGCUCCGCAAAGGUGAGAUGUACCGAGUCACUGAGAAGUGCCAGGACGGCUGGUUCAAGGGGACGUCUCUGAGGAGCGGGAUGUCCGGCGUCUUCCCAGGCAACUACGUGACGCCUGUUUCAAGGGUGCCGGUGGGAGCCGGGCAGCCGAGGAACAGUGGACCUGGGGGAGCUUCAACAACAAAAGGAGCCCCAGGAGCCAUCCACCCCAUCGGGGCCGGUCACACCAAUGCCGCCACGGCUGUCAGGCCAGUUGUUCCUAUCACUGCGCCUCAGACACAUCCCCAGCUACAGGCAGCCUCUCCGCAGCUGAAUAACUGCUUGAGGUAUUCAGCUCAGCAGCCAGCCAGCCAGACCCGCAACGCCAUGCAGAUGGCUCACCCCCCAGUGCCGGCCCCGGAGCGGCCCACCGCCACGGUCUCGCCCCUGAGGAUGCCCAGCUCGCCCUCCCGCCUGCCAGCGGCAGCCAUCCGGCCUCACCCCGCCGUCUCCCCGCAGCACGGCCACCAGCCGCCCGCCCCGGGGGCCCGGCCCCUCAUCCCCCUCACCUCCGCCGCUGCCGCCAUCACCCCACCCAACGUCAGCGCGGCCCACCUCAACGGUGAGGCGGGCGGCGGGCCCCUGGGUGGCCCUGUCACCCCUGGCCCCGCCGGAAAGGCCGAGGAGAGGAAGAAUGAGAAGAAGGAGAAGAAGAGCGGGCUGCUGAAACUUCUAGCAGGAGCAUCAACAAAAAAGAAGUCACGCUCCCCACCGUCCGUGUCCCCCACGCACGACCCUCAGGCAGCCAUCGAAGGAGUCCUGCAAGGGGCAGUGGGACCCGAGCUCUCCUCCCUCUCCAGCCAUGGCAGGGCCGGCUCAUGCCCUAUCGAGAGUGAAAUGCAGGGAGCCAUGGGGCUGGAGCCUCUGCACAGGAAAACAGGCUCCUUGGAUUUGAAUUUUUCCAUCCCUUCUCCUGCCAGGCAGCCCCUCUCUUCCAUGGCAGCUAUUCGGCCAGAGCCUAAGCCUUUGCCCCGGGAAAGGUACCGCGUUGUGGUCCCAUACCCACCACAGAGCGAGGCUGAGAUUGAACUGAAGGAAGGUGACAUUGUGUUUGUGCACAAGAAACGGGAGGACGGCUGGUACAAAGGGACGUUGCAAAGGAAUGGCAGGACGGGCCUCUUCCCCGGGAGCUUUGUCGAGAGCUUCUGAGGACGGCUCACCGCUCUCUCAACUGGAGGAGCUUUCAGGGGAAACUGCAUAGCACAAGAAAAGACAGCAAAGAGAAACUGGACUGAUAACCACUGCCAUUUUUAUUUCCAAAGACUUCCCCCAGGCCCUUCAGUCUACAGCUCUGGAGACGCAGUGCCCCGCUGUGCUCCUGAGACCGCGUGCAGUGCAUACAGUGGUAUGUUGAAGUAGUGCCUUCCACCUGGAAUCACAGACUGAAAGGACGCCCAUCUGGACUGUACGUAACCUAAACUCCGGCUGUUAACCCUUUGUGUAAAUUAUAGAGAAGAUAUCUUUAAAAAAAAAUUAAGAGGAAAGUUGUUAUAUUGCUGUAACUUAUUUGUCAGAGCUGCAGUGUUCUUAUUACUGGCCUAUGCAAGAUGGAUUUGAGAGUCCAAGGAGGUGUGCUAGGAAGCUCUU